GUGUGGCAGCUGCAGGGCCUUGUGGGAGAUUUCGGAGGCUUGUUUAUUUCCCAUCACUUCGCCUGUCCCUUUCCAGAUGUUGGGCUUGCUCCUGAGUGGUGCUUAUGACGCAGGAGGAGGAGGCCGGAACGCCAGCCCGCGGGACACGGAAUUAGCGCACUAACUGACCUCGCUCUGCUGCUGAGCGGCUGACAGGAGAGCAGUAGGGGGGUCUGGUUAAGCAGGAGACCUGUUUGCAAGCUAUGGAGUAUGAAGAAUCCGAGUCGGCGCCUCAUUAUUUUUCGAAACUUUUCUUGUUUUGUUUUGUUUUGUUUUGCUGAAUCCUCUGAUUAUUACUCCAUGUUUUGACUUCAUCGGUCAGGGAGAUCAAAUUGUCUCUUCCCUUCCUUGGAAUAUAUGGCCUGAGUGCUUGAUAAACAUGGGAUGCACGUACUCUGUGUCCAGGGAAAGGCAGGCUCUUGCGGACAGGACGCCCACUUCUGUACAUGAAACAAGUUUUAUUGAGAAAAUGAAAAAAACCAACAAAAGCAUUGUGGUCUUCUACGGUUCCCAAACGGGCACGGCGGAGGAGUUCGCCAACCGCCUGUCCAAGGAUGCCCAGCGUUACGGCAUGAAAGGAAUGGCAGCCGACCCUGAGGAAUACGAUAUGUCUGAACUGCGCCGCCUGACGGAGAUAGAAGAUUCUCUUGUCAUCUUUUGCAUGGCCACUUACGGUGAAGGGGAGCCGACUGAUAACGCUCAAGACUUCUCCGUUUGGCUUCAGGAGACCAGUGUCAGUCUUGAAGGCGUCAACUUUGCCGUGUUUGCACUGGGGAAUAAAACGUACGAACACUACAACGCCAUGGGGAAGUUCGUUGACAGACGACUGGCUGAACUGGGAGCCCGUAGGAUCUUUGACCUGGGCUUGGGAGACGACGACGCCAAUAUGGAAGAGGACUUUGUCUCAUGGCGGGAGCAGUUCUGGCCCGCAGUGUGCGAGCACUUUGGUGUGGAGGCCACAGGAGAGGACUGCAGCAUCCGUCAGUACAAGCUGGUGGUGCACAGUGAUGUGAACAUGAGCGAGGUGUACACAGGAGAGCUGUACCGCCUGAAGAGCUUCAAGAACCAGAAACCGCCUUUCGAUUCGAAGAAUCCUUUCCUGGCCCCCGUUACCAUGAACCAGAAGCUGAACAAAGGAGGCACUCGGCACCUGAUGCACCUAGAACUUGACAUCUCGGACUCCAAGAUCAGAUAUGAAUCGGGAGAUCACGUCGCCGUUUACCCAAUCAAUGAAGUGUCAAUAGUGAAUAAGAUUGGAGAGAUCCUUGGCGUUGACCUUGACACAGUAAUCUCUCUCAACAACCUUGAUGAGGAGUCCAAUAAGAAGCACCCGUUCCCCUGCCCCACCACGUACCGCACAGCCCUGACACACUACCUGGACAUCACCAACCCCCCUCGCACCAACGUCCUUUAUGAACUGGCCCAAUACGCCACUGAUCCCAAAGACCAGGAGAAGAUGCGUAAAAUGGCCUCCUCAUCCUCGGAGGGCAAGGCGCUGUAUCAGACAUGGGUGCUGGAAUCCCAAAGGAACAUCCUGGCCGUCCUGGAGGACAUGCCGUCGCUGAGGCCACCCGCCGACCACCUGUGUGAGCUGCUGCCGCGCCUGCAGGCUCGCUACUACUCCAUCGCCUCCUCCGCCAUGGUGCUCCCCAACAGUGUUCACAUCUGCGCCGUGGUGGUGGAGUACAAGACCAAGACGGGUCGGAUCAACAGGGGAGUCGCCACCAACUGGCUGAAGAACAAAGUGGCGACGGACAAUGGGCACAAGUCCACCGUGCCCAUGUAUGUCCGGAAGUCACAGUUCCGGCUGCCCUUCAAAGCCAGCAGCCCGGUGGUGAUGAUCGGCCCGGGUACUGGCAUCGCCCCCUUCAUCGGCUUUAUCCAGGAGCGGGCGUGGCUCAAGCAGCAAGGGAAGGAUGUUGGCGAGACGGUCCUGUACUACGGCUGCCGUCACAUGAGCGAGGACUUCCUGUACCAGGAGGAGCUUGAGGGGUAUGAGCGUAGCGGGGUGCUGACCCAGCUGAACGUGGCCUUCUCCCGAGACCAGGAGCACAAGGUAUACGUGCAACACCUCAUGAAGAGGAACAAGGAGCACCUGUGGAAGCUGAUUAAUGCUGACGGGGCACACGUCUACGUCUGCGGCGACGCCCGCAACAUGGCCCGCGAUGUGCAGAACGUCUUCUGCGAGAUUGCCGAGGAACUGGGCAGCCUGACGCACGCUCAGGCCGUGGACUAUAUCAAGAGGCUUAUGACCAAGGGCCGCUACUCGCAGGACGUGUGGAGCUAAGGGCGGGGUUUCUGCAGGGGGGAGGAGCCUUCACUCCCAUUGGACACCAUUGCUGCCCAUUCUUUCUGGAUGACAAAAGCAUUUUUUCAUCUGGCUGAGAUUAGUCACUUUAGUAGGUGGUGCUGCUUGUGUAAAUAGCAUCAAGGGUAACAUUUUCCUUGUUGUUUAUUGGUUUAAUUUGGAACCCUAGUAAUCAUCUUAACUGUCACUUACCAAUAUGGAGAACAUCACAUAGGGCCAAAUAUACAGCAAGGAUAAAUAUUGGUUCAGCUGAUGCCCGUUAAAAAUGGAUACUUGUAAAAUGUGACAUUUUAUGGGAAUUAGGUGCUGAAACCCCAUAUUUGGGAGACAAACUUGAUUGAUACUAAUGGAAUUAUGUAUGUAAAUUAAAUGUAACCAUAAUAUUGUGAUAUUGAUGUAUUUAGAAUUCUGCUAUUUUAGAUAAUGGUGACACUGUGUCAUACUUCUUUUGUACUUCCAUUAAACAAAACUCCCUUUUUCA